UCUUCAUCUUCAUCUUCGUCUUGUUAUUGUUAAGAUUUAAUUCUGAGAUAUAUAAAUGGAAUUGAAGAUGAUCUCCACCCAUCUCUGCUGCCUUUUUAUUCUUCUCAUCUCAAUCUCACUAGGAGGAUACUACCAGUACCAGGUGCAGGCCUCAUCUUCAGCAUCGUCUCCAAAGCAAUUGUUUGUAUUCGGAGACUCUUACGCCGACACCGGAAACCUAAGAAAAUCGCUCGCAAAAUCAUGGAAGGACCCCUAUGGAACCACCUUCCCCGGAAAGCCUUCUGGCCGCUUCUCCGACGGCCGCGUCCUCUCCGAUUACAUCGCCCACUCCUUGGGGUUCCGCUCCCCAUUCCCCUACACAUGGAUGCAGCUUGCCGGCAGCGACAAGCUUCGCGCCGGAAUGAACUUUGCAUACGGAGGAAGCGGCGUAUUUGACACUUAUGCCAAUUUACCUAAUAUGACUACUCAAAUCGACUUCUUUGAGAAUCUCAUUGAAACCUCCGUCUACACCAAACACGACAUCCACUCCUCUCUCGUUCUUGUUUGCCUCUCUGGGAACGACUAUGGCGCUUACAUCUCCAAAGGCGGAAAUAUCGAGGACAUCGUAAAGUUCAUUCCUUCAGUGAUCGUUCAACUAGUGGCGAACUUAAGGCAUAUAUCCCGCCUUGGAGCAUCAAAAGUUGUCGUGACGACUCUACCGCCAUUGGGCUGCCUCCCAAACAUAACUCGACCGUCUUCCUACAAGAAAUGCAACGCCACCGACAACAUGAUUGCCGAUUACCACAACCUCCUGCUACAGCAAGCCGUGGCUGGAUUGAACAACAUGUUGAAAAGCACCUCUUAUUUUGUCAUGGAUUUCUACCGAUCCUUCACGGCCGUGCUCGAUUCUAGACAAGACUCACUAGGUGAUUUGAAAUUCCAGAGUCUAUUGAAGCCUUGUUGCAUCGGCGUAAGCAGUGAGUAUUCGUGCGGGAGUGUGGACGACAAUGGCAAGAAAUUGUACACGGUUUGUAGUGAUCCGAGAUCGGCUUUCUUCUGGGACGAUGUGCAUCCAACUGAGGCCGGAUGGCGUGCAGUCUACGCAUUGUUUCGAUCGAGUCUCCAAGAGUUUCUUAGAUCUUCUUAA